AUGGAUAACUACGAGUGCCCAGUCUGUUACGAAAGUUGUUACUACCAGCCGGAGCGGAAGCUCUUUCACUCAGACGUCUGCAAACACCGCAUCUGCGGCUCGUGUCUGCAUCUCCACUUUGGCGAAAAUGGGAGAGGCGGCGUGCGAGGCGAGCGGCGCGGCUUCUGUCCCGUCUGCCGGACGAGCUUGACGCGCGCGAAUUACAAAGAAACUGACCCCGAUAUGGAAGUGUUGGAAGCCGAAAAAGAAAUUCGGAAACGAGUCGAAGCCAUUUACAAUUCCACGCGCGAGCGUUUCCCCGACACACCUGCUUACGACGACUACCGGGAGAAGAAAGAGGAUAUUGUUUAUCAGCUUGUGCGUGGAAGCGACGAGGCAGUCAAGCGCAAGCUGGAGGCCGAACUGCGGGCGUAUGAGCGGCAGAACUUGAAGACGAUUCAGGAGAACAAGGAUGUGCUCAAACAGCGCGAGAAGGAGAAGAUUUUCCAAAUCGUUCAGCGAGAGGGAGUCUUCUACGAGGUCGUCAAGCGGCGACCUGCCCUGUCCAGGGCCGCAAUCGCGAAAGAAAACCUCGUUCAUCCCCUCGAGCGCCAGUAUGCGCCAUACUUUCAAGAGGAACAAGCGCCUGUCCUGGUGACAGCUGAGGGAGGCGAGACAGCGCGACCGUUGAAUCCGACGAUCAAAGAAGACAGCGAUGUGCCGCGGACGCGCUACAGAAACCGAGAUCAGUUCGAAAAAGCUGAGAUCGCUGGCGGAUACACGCAGCGCCUGGUCUUUGCCAAGGGACUCGCUGAGUUGCUUGGUUCGGUCCAUUUUCUGCUCGCGCAGAAAUAA